CUACUCCCCUUUUGUGGGAGUGAAUGUUUUAACAGCCAUGGAUGCAUCCUUCAUGGUCUGGGCUUGCGUCUGUCUUGGGGACACAUCCCUUCCAGGUUCCCCUUGGUUCUUGUAGUGGGACAUGAAAGCAGGGUUUGAGCAGAUGACCACGACUGGGGUGAGGGGCAGGCAGUGACACCCACAUCUACAUGUUAGAGAACUCUGGGGAGGGUGUGCCUUUAGUGACGCAUCUCUUGAUAGACUGCAGGAACCCUAACCUUAACCUCCUUUGAUGGUAGUGAGAAGCUUUAGUCACUGGAAUGGGGAAGUAGAGAGGGAGCCAGCAGUCUGUUAGGGGAUCAGGCAGUAUACCCCUGAAGACUGAGCCCACGAAAGCUAGUUAAGGAAGGUCUUCGCAGGGGUUGAGCAGGAAUGAGAAAAACUUUGGUUCUGCUAUGGGCCAGGUUAGAGUUGGAGGGGCAUGCAAGGAACCCUUGUUUUACUUUAAGAGGGAGUUCUUCAGGCUGUUCAAGUGAUUGGCAUUUUCAUGUCCGUUAAAUCACCUUUGAGGCCAUGACAGGAGGAAGGUGAAGUUACUAGGAAACAUGGCACCCCCGUGAAUUGGUAGCUCACUGUGCAGGGCCACUCCCCCACUCCAGUCCAAAGGUGAGGGCAUGUCCUUUCAGAGCCCGGCCCCUCCCUUCAUGGUUCUCCCUUACUGGGGCUCACAGGUUCCAGUCAAGGAAAGACCUGAGCGGGGCAGGUAACUCUUGAGUCCCAAACCGGUUUUCCCACCUUACUUAGGGCAGGCGUAUUACCUCUGGUAAUUUCCCAAUCCCUAACAUACUCCAGCGACCAGGUUCUCCCCAGGCUGGAAUGUAAGGGGGUGGGGGAUAUCCAAAUCGUCCUUUGUGCCUUGUUUGCCCUGGGUAUGGUUCCUUCUAAAAAGGCUGUCCAUAAACGUUUGGCUCUUUUGUAUUUCCAACACUAGGGGAUUAUCUCCAAGCCUUGAAAAUUAGUUUUUGUUUCUUUAAUGCAAAUUUUGCUUAUAUUUGUACUGGGGUAGGGAUGAACCCAGGGUCUAGAUUAACCUGGGCAAGAGCCUCACUGCUGAGCCAACCCCCCCCCCCCCCCCCCCCCCCCCCGAGUGUUUGGAAACGAAAUCGAGCAAAGGAGUUGGGAUCCCGUUUGGCAUCAGCCCUUCCUCUAAUUGGAACUUUGGAGGGAGAGACCAGAAAGCCUAGCCUACCCAACGGGCCUGCUCUAAGUAGUAAGUGGGAGGGAGCAGGGGUGUUUUCUCUAGAUGCCCCAGGACAGACAUUAUCUUUAUCUCCAGUACCAAGACAAAUCACUGCCUCCUGCCAAUAAGAACCUCUUACUGGUCCCAGGAUUUAACACAAUCUGAUGCCAAUAGGGCCUUUCUUUGUGCUAGGUGUCAAACACUCAGAUGCCCUUAUGAGGUAACAAAACCCACGAUAAACAGGCAGAAGAGGUUCAGUAAUGUGCCCAGAGCUACAUUAGGCUGCCGGAAGCAGACUUUCUCCUCAGGCAGGCUCUGGAAGUAUCCCUCCAGUACUUCAUAUGCCUUCAUUACGGAGGGCCCUGUGUUCCUACCCCUCCUGGUUGCAGAAACCAGUUUCUAGCCCUUCGUAGAAUAUCCCUCCUGUGAACGAUAAGGGUGUGACUGUCUGCCGAAACUCUAGCUUUCGUGUGUACUGUGGAUUUCCAAUCCCUAAUCCCCAUACAAGUGCAGGCCGCUUAGACGUUUUUCCAUUUUGUAAAUUUCUUUCAAAAUAAAUUAUUGGGACAAGUAGAUGAAAACUUUCUAUUUUACAAAGAAGUAAAUAGGGUUAAGGGAUUAAAUGACCUUGCCCAAGAAAAUGGCCUUACACUGCUCUCCCUGGGAAUCUGGGUUACAUAUUAAAUGCCCCAGUAGGGUACAUUGGGAUGAGGAAAUGGCAGUGACCCUAGGUCUACAGAGCUUUGGAGGGAGCUAGUGAGGAAGCACUGGUUGUGCUUCCAAAGGACCCAGGUUUGAUCCCCAGCACCCACAUAGUGGCUCACAACCAUCUGUAACUCUAGUUUCACCUGCCCUCUGCAGGCACCAGAUAUACAUACAGGUAAAACACACAUACACAUACAAAAAUAAAAUACUUAUUUAAAAAUAGACAACUUGUCACACAGCAUCAGUAGGUAUCAGACUAACAGAGUUCCCGCCUCCCUAAAUACUAAUAUGCGUGGAGAUGCUGCUUCCUUUAGGACUGACAAAUGGCACAGAAGGGGAAUGGUUUCUGGGGACAUAGCUGGUUUUGGCAAAGCCCAGAUUGGGCAGUGAUUGAUCAGCGAGUGAUGUGGGCAGACAGGUGAUGCCUUCUUGGGGAGAAAGGAAGAUAAGUACAAAUAACUGCCCUUUCAGAGCUGGGACCCAGGGGAAAGAUAUGGAAAAACUACAACUCCCAGAAGUCUCUGUUUCCAGGCAAGUAGCGACGGUUGCUAUGGUUUCAUAAAACAAUAUGGCUGCUCCCAGAUGGGAUUUGAGUCUGUGCCGAGUAGGAAAGGAAACGUAGAUCUGAACGCUCGCAGUGGCGAGAGGAGGCACUUGAAGGGUCCUGGGGCUGACGUUGGGCUCUGUGGGGAACACUGAGGCCUUGCCCAGAAGCCAAUGGCAAGCAACGUGGAUGAGGAGGCUCUGCACCAGCUGUACCUGUGGGUAGACAACAUCCCUCUGUCCCGACCCAAGAGAAACCUCUCCCGGGACUUCAGUGACGGAGUCCUGGUUGCAGAGCUUAUCAAGUUUUACUUCCCCAAGAUGGUGGAGAUGCACAAUUAUGUCCCUGCUAACUCUCUUCAGCAGAAGCUCAGCAACUGGGGUCACCUGAACAGAAAGGUGCUGAACAAGCUGAACUUCUCUGUCCCCGACGACGUGAUGCGGAAGAUUGCGCAGUGUUCUCCGGGUGUAGUGGAGCUGGUGCUCAUUCCACUAAGGCAGCGCCUGGAGGAGCGGCAGAGGCGCCAGAAACUGGGUGCUGGCUCCUUACAGGAGCUGGCUUCUCAGGAUGUCAGUGGCUACAUGGACAUGGGUCUGUCCCAGAAGACUCUAGGAGACGGUGCCCCAGCCCUGGGAGGAGAGCAGCUCAGAGGGGGCCGGCCACCGGCGCCUCGACCCCCUGGAUAUAACCAGGCGCUGCAGGGCGAUCCGAGCUUCGUCCUUCAGAUUGCUGAAAAGGAGCAGGAGCUGUUGGCCUCUCAAGAGACAGUGCAGGUCCUGCAGAUGAAGGUGAAGCGUCUGGAACACCUGCUCCAACUCAAGAACGUGCGCAUCGAUGACCUCUCUCGGAGGCUCCAGCAGGCCGAACGCAAGCAGCGGAGAAAAGACCACUCUCCACAGCCCAGAAAACCUGUGCGGACAUACGGCAUGACCUCCCAAACCGUGUCAACUUUGAGGCUCCCAGCGCUGGGCCUGGAGAGGCGGUCCUCCGGUUCCUUUCUCAGCUCAGAGGACAGCCUUGUCUCCAUCCAUGCAAAUUCUCCAUGGCCUCGGACACGCGAGCAGCUACCCCCGGAAGUGGAGGGAUUCUCUUGCCCCUCCUGGGUGCUUCCAUGGGACCCAUCUCAGAGCUGGAGACCACCGCAGCUGGAGAGGAAGGGAUAAGGUGUUGAAGAAGCCAGGAUAACAGGCAUCCAGCUGUGUGCAAUAGCCCUUUCUGCAUGGAGCAAUAUACGGAGCGCCUGGGAAAGACAGAGCAGAGUUGUCUCUAUUAAAAGUGGCGUUAUGCGUUC